CGUGUCGAUCAAGGCCCGCCCAGAUGAGCAUCUACCUGAAGAGAGGCACCUCCCGCCGACACCUCUCAGAGGUCCCCUUAGAUUUCUUCAAAAGGGAAAAUAAAAAAAACCAAAGAAGAAAAAAUGCCUCCCUCAGUGAUGCGCACGAGCAGGAGGGUAGAGCCACCACUAUCAAAGGAAAAAAAAACAGUCUUCCUUUUUUUGCAAAAUCGAAUGGGGAAGUGAUUCAAAUGGGAGGGGAGAAGAUGAGCGGGCGAGGAUGUGCCCCCGCAAAGGGGAUCACAAAAAAGGGAAAAAGAAAAUUUAGGGGGAAGGGCCGAAAAAAGGCAGCCUCCGCGAAUGCCUGUCUGGAGGGGAAAAUAUUUACCAUUGCUAGUUACGACUUUGUGGAGGUCAUUCGAAAGGCGCGGCGGGCUGAGGUGCGCCGUGAGGCCAGCUCCGAUCUGACAUCUGAGCUGACAUCCGAGCGGACAUCCGAGCUGACAUCCGAGCGGACCUCCGAGCUUACCUCCGAGCUGACAUGGGCAGAUGCACUCACUGCCCCGGAGGUCAGCUGGAGGCACAAACUCCCCAGGAGCAGCCCCGGAGAGCGGGAAAAGUCCCUGUUGCUGCGCCAAAUCGAAGGGGAAAAAAUGCAGACGGAAAACCCCAUUGAAAAAGGAACAAAGUGGGAGCUCACCAUGUGCUGGAAGAAGCACAAGAAAAUAAAUAUCGCAUUCGUGGAGAGGCACAAAAGGAAAAAUGGGAAAAUCGUUUUGGCAAAAAAAGUGAAAAAAAUAUACGUGUCCCCAAAGGAAAGCACCUACAGUCCCCUCAUGGAUAAAUACGUUCGCUACGAAGACGUGGUGAAGUUAGAAAGGCACCUCACUCGUCACUUGGCUCACAAAAAUAUCGUAGUUAUGGAGAGUUGCUUUUGCGUUAAGGACGAAAUUGUUAGUGUAUAUCCCUUCGGGGGGGUGUCCUUGAUGAAGUGGAAUAAUCAUGAGAAGCUCUUUCAGCUUCAGCUUCAGGGCAUGGAGGGGGGGAGGAGGAGGAAUCGUGGUGGGUCCUCCCAACGAGUAGUGGGCGGAAUGGCUCUAGACAUCCCGCGAGGCAAGCAACCCCUUGAAGCAGUACACGGAAUGGCAAAAGCGAAAAAAAAAACAAAACACACGUAUGUCUACCCAGAGUACCUACUCGCAGAAAUCAUACGGCAACUCCUAACGGUGUGUCACUACCUGGAGGAGCAACAUAUUUUCCACAGUGAUAUAAAACCAUCAAAUAUUGUUGUAAAAAAUGUAAAAAAAAAAUAUAUGAACAAAAUAUAUUUCUGCACAAGGGAUAAAAAAUGGUACCUUCAAAAAAGGGGAACAACUUUAAAAAAAAAAAUUCUUGUCAAACUGAUUGAUUUUGAAUAUGCACAGAAAACAUACCAAGGGAAAGUCAAUGUAGGAGGCACAACGUCGUUAUUUAAACCACUAGAGGAUUUUCAAAUGGGAAGAAUUAAUGCUUCGCCGAAGAUUGUGUGGACUCUGGGUAUAACUCUUUUUAUUUUGUCCACUGGUACACACCCCUUUAGUCGAAUUAACAACGACAUGCACAUUUGGUAUCUGUUGCAGGACAAGGGGUUUGACGUGUGCAGGAGGUUCCGCAGGUACCCCUUCAUGUCGAGCUCGCUCAAGGAUCUGCUCGCGCGCAUGCUACAGGUGGACUUUGCUCGCAGGGCGACCCUCCCCGAGUUGUUCCUCCACCCAUUCGUCCUCUUCGGAGAGGCGGCCAUGCGGAGUGAUGAUGCGGAGUGGU